GCCAGACGUUCUGGGUUAGGUCUUGUGGGUUUCUUUAUUUUAUUUUGUUCAGUGUUUGGGUGAAUCUGAUUGGCUGUUGCUGUGAAGUGGGCGUGGCCUGCUGCCUGUGUUCAGAGUAAAUGAAGCCCCAGAGAUGCAGCAGCAGCAGCAGCAGCGAUGGCUCUCAGCCUCACUCAGGAGUAUUUCCAGAUCCCUCUGGUGACCCGGACGUACACGACGGCCUGCGUCCUCACCACCGCUGCCGUGCAACUUCAAGUCAUCUCCCCGUUUCAGCUGUACUUCAACCCAGAACUCAUCAUCACUAGAUACCAGAUAUGGCGUCUGAUCACCAGCUUCUUCUUCUUUGGUUCUCUUGGAUUUGGUUUUUUGUUCAACAUCAUUUUCCUCUAUCGGUACUGCCGCAUGCUGGAGGAAGACUGUUUCCGAGGAAGAACGGCUGAUUUUGUUUUCAUGUUCCUGUUUGGAGGAAUCCUCAUAACUCUGCUGGGUCUGUUUGCAAACAUCUUCUUCCUCGGCCAGGCCUUCAUCACCAUGCUGGUGUACGUCUGGAGUAAAAGAAACCCACUGAUACGCAUGAACUUCUUCUGCCUCCUCACCUUCCGGGCGCCGCUUCUGCCCUGGGUGCUGAUGGGAUGUUCGCUGCUGCUCGGAAACCCCGUCACCGCCGACGUCCUGGGUAUCGGCGUUGGACACCUGUAUUACUUCUUAGAGGACGUGUUUCCGAACCAGCCAGGAGGAAGAAAGCUGCUGACGACACCAGAUCUGCUGUAA